AAAACUAAAAACAAUCGUUUCUGAACUUGAGAAACAGAACAAUGCAGAGCAAGAUAAAAACAUUGAUUUCCGGCCGUGGGCAGCAAGAAUCUUGGCUGUGCACGAUGCUUUUGGUUUUAUUCAUGAGUUUACUCAUUUCCGUGCCAGGCGCUAGUUCCGUCGAAGCCGAAGCGAAUGAGGAGAAGAUCGUAAAUGUGAGCACCACAGACAGAUUGUACAUGAAUUUGUUCAUUAACUAUAAUAAAAACUCGCAACCCACUGUCGGGGGCCAACUCACAAACAUAACUGUUGGCCUAACAGUCCACUAUAUAGAUAUUGAUGAGAUGAAUGGCAAAGUAACGUUGCAUGGCUGGAUUCAUAUCCGCUGGAUGGAUGAGCGUCUGUCGUGGAAUUUACGCGAGUAUGAUAAUGUUACUCAAUUGUCCUUGCGUCCUGGCGAUGUCUGGAAGCCGCAAAUAACGCUCUUCAAUGCUGCCGGUGAUGAGGGAAAUUAUCUAUCAGAUACUCAAGUAUUACUCGUACAUGAUGGCAGCUUUCUUUGGGUACCUCCUGCCCUUUACAUUGCCUAUUGUAAUCUUAACAUGCGUAACUGGCCGUACGAUCAGCAAACCUGUAAGCUAAAGAUUGGUUCGUGGUCUUCAAACAACAUUGAUGCGGAAUAUUCAAAACAGAAAUCCGCCCUCGAAUACGACGAACUUCUUCAGUCUACGGAAUGGGACAUCUCUAGUGCGUCGACGAAAUAUGUACGCGAGGAGACUUGCAACUAUAUAGAGUUCACAUUCACACUUCAGAGACGCUCCUCUAUGUACACGGCAGUCAUCUACACACCCGCUUUCACCAUUGUACUAUUGGCCUUGAGCGUAUUUUGGUUGCCACCCCAAAUGGGUGAAAAAAUAUUGCUCAAUGGGGUGCUCAUCGUACUGGUUGCCUGCUUCCUAAUGUAUUUUGCGCAAUUGCUUCCAGUACUGGCCGAGAAUACGCCGCUCAUUGUUGUGUUCUACAGUUCCUGUCUGCUGCUCUUGAGCCUCUCCACCAUUGUCGAGGUGGUUGUUCUCUAUAUAUCCACCGCCAAGCACAAACGCCGUCUGCCAGAGUUUAUCAAGCAGCUGCUACAUGGCAAGCUGGGCACCGUCCUGCUCCUCUCCCACUUCUGCUACGAGGCUGACCCCAAGGGGACACAUGGAAAUUCUGUAUCCCGAGAGCUGGAAGAGCAUCUGUACGAUAACGACGACGAAUGUGCCAGCACUAGUCCCCAAGACAUUAAUCCCAUAGAGAUACCAUCAGAACGAGCACUUCAAUUCGAUUGGGUUUUGUUGGCCACGGCUGUGGAUCGCCUGUCGUUUGCCGGCUUCGGCAUCACCUUCUUUGUGCUGAGCAUUGUAUAUGGCUUGUAGAGGAAUUUAACGAAGUAAAGUAAUGUAAUUAAUACUCACUGGUUGUUCAACUGAAGUGUGCUAUAUCUUUUGUUUAUGUAUUUCUUGAUCAAUUUUUU